AUGGGAGACCUUGGGCCAAAACAUAGAUUCGUCUUGCUUGGUUACCAGUCAUCAUGGGAUGCUAGGGUCUGUGCCGCAAAGAUUUCUUUGGGUGGGGCAAAGAUGAAGCGGAAGAAGAGUUUGAGAUACGUGGCGAAGCCGUGCCUAGAGCUACAAGGAAAUUUAGUCUAUGAAAUAGUUAAUAUGCCAAGGAAGAUUAACAUGGUUCGUCUGAAGGAGAAGUUUGAGGAUUCUAACCGCAAGACAGCUAGUGGAGAGGUUGAACGAGUCAAUUGGGUGGUCAAGGACAUGACCCAUAUGAUUAAUUCGGGUGAGAAGUUAAUGGUCUCUGAACAAAGAUUACUACGGAAUCGAGUUAAAGGCAUAAUAAUCCCUAAGAAAGAAGGUCUAUAUUCUUAUGAAGAGGACAGACCCAGUAGAGGUAAGAGGGCUAGGUCUCCUACUUAUAGCGACGACUCAGAUACUUCCUCCUGUGAGCAAGUUCAAUCAAAUCAAGGAAAAGGUGGUCGAGGCGGUCGAGGUGGAGGUAAAAAAGGUAAAAAAGGUGGUCGUGGUCGAGGUCGAGGUGAAAAAGGUGGCCGUGCUGGAACAAGUGCUCGAGGUGGAAGUGGUGGAGGUAAAAAAAACUCCAAUUCAAGGUAG